AGCGGGGAGGAGGGGGUUGGUAUGUUGGAAGUUGCGGCGGAGCUGGGACCGGAGACCCACGGCCCCGGCGCACGGAUGGGGAUGGUCUGAGCUCCAGCCUCUCCCCCUGCCCGGGAGCAGCGAGGCUGGAUACAUUUUAAAAAAGCCAAACUGCAAACAACUCUGGCGAUGCCAAAAUUCCCCUCCAAGUGACACGGCUUUGCUAAGGAGGUUUCCUCAGGCUGGGCUUUUUCUCUUAUUCGCUCUGCCUUCCUCAGCGACGAUUAUAAAAGCUUUGGUCUGGUAACAGGAAUUGAGGGGGACAAAAAGAAAAAAGAAAAGAAAAAGCUGUGCUAAACUAUCGUGACCUCAAACUCUUUGGACUUUUUUUUUUUAAUAUUGAAAGAAAAUCCAUCCUCAAAGACAAUCAGCAUAGGCGGAGAUGGAAGUUUUACCCUUGCUCUUGGUUUUGUCCUUCUGGUGGUCUCGAACCUUGGAUUCGGCGAGUGCGGAUUCUAUCAUUCACAUCGGAGCAAUUUUUGAUGAAUCUGCCAAAAAGGAUGAUGAGGUGUUUCGCACAGCAGUUGGCGACCUCAACCAGAAUGAGGAGAUCUUACAGACUGAGAAAAUCACAUUUUCGGUGACAUUUGUUGAUGGCAACAACCCUUUUCAAGCAGUUCAAGAAGCGUGUGAACUCAUGAAUCAAGGCAUCUUGGCCCUGGUCAGCUCCAUUGGCUGCACAUCAGCUGGGUCCCUCCAGUCUCUGGCAGAUGCCAUGCACAUCCCCCACCUCUUCAUUCAGCGCUCAACAGCUGGGACCCCAAGGAGUGGCUGUGGAGUCACCCGGAGCAACAGGAAUGAUGACUACACUCUCUCUGUUAGGCCACCUGUCUACUUAAAUGACGUUAUCCUGAGAGUGGUCACAGAAUAUGCCUGGCAGAAGCUAAUUAUAUUCUAUGAUAGUGAAUAUGAUAUCCGUGGAAUACAGGAGUUUUUGGACAAAGUGUCUCAGCAGGGGAUGGAUGUUGCACUUCAGAAGGUAGAAAACAACAUCAAUAAAAUGAUCACCACUCUCUUUGAUACCAUGAGAAUAGAGGAAUUGAAUCGCUAUCGAGACACUCUUAGGCGAGCCAUCCUUGUUAUGAAUCCUGCCACAGCCAAAGCCUUCAUUACUGAGGUUGUGGAGACGAAUUUGGUUGCUUUUGACUGUCACUGGAUCAUUAUAAAUGAGGAAAUAAAUGAUGUGGACGUACAGGAACUUGUAAGAAGGUCAAUUGGAAGGUUAACCAUCAUUCGUCAGACAUUUCCAGUCCCCCAGAAUAUAAGUCAGCGAUGUUUCCGUGGCAACCAUCGAAUAUCUUCAACGUUGUGUGAUCCAAAGGAUCCAUUUGCUCAGAAUAUGGAGAUUUCAAACCUUUACAUAUAUGACACGGUGCUUCUGCUUGCUAAUGCUUUUCAUAAGAAGCUGGAGGACCGAAAGUGGCACAGUAUGGCUAGUUUGUCAUGUAUCAGAAAGAACUCCAAGCCCUGGCAGGGAGGGCGUUCCAUGCUGGAGACCAUCAAGAAGGGUGGAGUUAGUGGGUUGACUGGAGAGCUAGAAUUUGGAGAAAAUGGAGGCAAUCCCAAUGUCCACUUUGAAAUUCUUGGAACCAACUAUGGAGAAGAGCUUGGCCGAGGUGUUCGCAAACUUGGGUGCUGGACUCCUGUCACAGGGCUGAAUGGGUCCCUGACUGACAAGAAACUGGAGAAUAACAUGCGUGGAGUGGUCCUACGUGUGGUGACUGUUCUGGAAGAACCUUUUGUAAUGGUCUCUGAAAAUGUCCUGGGUAAGCCAAAGAAAUACCAAGGCUUCUCCAUUGAUGUUUUGGAUGCCUUAUCUAACUACCUGGGUUUUAACUAUGAAAUUUAUGUUGCACCGGAUCACAAGUAUGGAAGCCCACAAGAAGAUGGGACAUGGAAUGGCUUGGUGGGAGAACUAGUGUUUAAGAGGGCCGACAUAGGGAUUUCUGCUUUGACUAUCACCCCAGACCGUGAGAAUGUGGUGGACUUUACAACACGUUACAUGGACUACUCAGUGGGAGUCCUACUUCGAAGGGCUGAAAAGACAGUGGAUAUGUUUGCCUGUCUUGCACCAUUUGAUCUCUCACUAUGGGCUUGCAUUGCUGGCACAGUUCUUCUGGUCGGUCUACUGGUCUACCUCUUGAAUUGGCUUAAUCCCCCAAGAUUACAAAUGGGGUCGAUGACUUCUACCACUCUCUACAACUCCAUGUGGUUUGUGUAUGGAUCCUUUGUACAGCAAGGUGGGGAAGUCCCAUACACAACUCUGGCUACCCGAAUGAUGAUGGGGGCUUGGUGGCUAUUUGCUUUGAUUGUCAUCUCAUCUUACACAGCAAACCUUGCUGCUUUCCUCACUAUCACCCGCAUUGAAAGCUCCAUCCAGUCUCUCCAGGACCUUUCCAAGCAAACAGAUAUCCCUUAUGGCACAGUCCUGGACUCUGCGGUAUAUGAACAUGUUCGCAUGAAGGGAAUGAAUCCUUUUGAGAGGGACAGCAUGUAUUCCCAAAUGUGGCGGAUGAUCAACCGAAGCAAUGGAUCAGAGAAUAACGUUCUGGAGUCCCAAGCAGGCAUUCAAAAGGUAAAAUAUGGAAAUUAUGCUUUUGUAUGGGAUGCAGCUGUAUUGGAAUACGUGGCUAUCAAUGACCCAGACUGCUCCUUUUACACCAUUGGGAAUACUGUUGCUGAUCGAGGAUAUGGAAUUGCAUUGCAGCAUGGCAGUCCUUACCGGGAUGUUUUUUCACAAAGGAUCCUGGAGCUUCAGCAGAGUGGUGACAUGGACAUCCUGAAGCACAAAUGGUGGCCCAAGAACGGCCAGUGUGACCUGUACUCCUCAGUGGACACGAAGCAGAAAGGAGGUGCCCUGGACAUAAAGAGCUUUGCAGGGGUUUUUUGCAUCCUGGCUGCGGGGAUCGUCCUCUCCUGCUUUAUAGCCAUGCUGGAGACGUGGUGGAACAAGAGGAAAGGCUCCAGGGUCCCAUCAAAAGAGGAUGACAAGGAAAUUGACCUGGAGCACCUCCAUAGACGUGUAAAUAGCUUGUGCACAGAUGACGACAGCCCCCAUAAACAGUUUUCCACCUCGUCAAUUGACUUGACCCCUCUGGACAUUGACACUUUGCCAACACGACAAGCACUGGAGCAAAUCAGUGAUUUCAGGAACACUCAUAUUACCACAACAACCUUUAUCCCAGAGCAGAUCCAGACUCUUAGCCGUACACUGUCAGCUAAAGCUGCCUCUGGUUUCGCUUUUGGCAACGUGCCUGAGCACCGAACUGGCCCUUUUAGGCACAGGGCACCUAAUGGGGGCUUUUUCAGGAGUCCUAUAAAAACAAUGUCAUCUAUUCCUUAUCAACCAACUCCUACCCUGGGGCUCAAUCUGGGUAAUGAUCCAGACCGAGGCACCUCCAUAUGAGCACCCAACAAAAGCUCUUCACUGUUUCUUUUGUAGGACUCCCUUUGCAAGGAGCGACUGUAAUAUUGUGGGACUAACAUGGAUGUAACAUUUUUUUUUUUUAAUCAGGAGUAUUAGUAACAAUUCUAGUUCUUUCUCUCUACCUUCUCCCUCCUCUCUCUCUCCUCUGUUUCUUUCUCUCUUUUCUUCCUGGACAUUUCUCUCCACUUUUUUCAUUACUCAAUUGAUUCCCCCAGAAGGUAGUAUACUAGGAUCCUAUUAGUCCGCUUUUCAUAUACUGUACUUCAAGUAUAGGAAACGUGCACUGAGUAUACUAACAGUAUAUGCAGGAUUAAUUUUACAUAAAGGCCUCUUCUGUAACAUUUCUCUAUUUUUAAAAGUAUAAUUGCAAUAACGUCAGUCUUUUUACAUUCUCCUGCUGCAUCCAUACCAUGCUCCACUGCUGCUGAGUGUCCUUUAACUGUGGGCCAAAGGCAACCCCUGCAGUGUUUAUAGAAUAAUCUAAAGACCAUUCAGGCCACAUAAUAUGAGAAUGCAAUUUUGUAGGAUUACAAACAAGCCAUUAAUAUGCUAGUCAAGACUACAGUUAAAACUACUCUUGCACUGCAACAGUGCAUAUGACCUUUAUGCGAUUGUACAGUAUGAAAAGUGUUUUCUUAUGUACAGUAAACUUUAUCAUACGGCAGCAGCCUCUACGGUGUUAAAUAAACUAGUAUCUCAUAUAUACAUAUAUAUGCACCUAUAUAAUGUGUAUAUAUAUUCAAAGGAGGCCAUUGCUAUUGCAAUUCAUUUAAUAAAGCUUUAGUUUAAAACACAAGUGUUGUAUACAGGAACUAUGUAUAGUGCAGGGGGUCUUUUCAGUUAGAAAAGGCAGGUUGCUUUAAUGUUAUUCUGACUCGCAUUGUUUGCCAACAGAGAAUAUUUUAUACUUUUGUUAUUAAAACAUCCGGGGCGACUUAAUAUUUGUUCCUAGAUGUAACUCAUUUGAAUAGAUUUUUGCAUUUGUUAUUCAGCACUGUAUAAAGCUAACCUUGAUAAUUUUACUUUUAAUUAAUUAUCUAAAUGGAAAAUGCUAUUAGCUGAACCAUGUCCACCACAGCACGGGGAGCUCUAUACGAGUUUAAACGUAGAUCAUGGAAGGUUAAUAAAUUCUCUUCCAAAGCAGUAAGCCAAUCAAUACAGCUGUAGUUGGGGAGAGAUAGGAGCCCUUAAGAAAUAUUGAUGUGGCCUUAAUUACUGUCAUACAUUACCCUAAAGAAGAAAAUAGAGCAACCAUACUGGGCUCUCAACUUCAGCCCCUUUUUUUAUUCAGUUCUAUUUGGAGGAGUUAUGUGUUUUUUACAUUAGUGCCAAGUGUAUAGAAGGAUAACAAGAAAAACAGUGCCUCUUUGUGCACAACCCUUUUUAAGGUAGCCUUCUUACCUGUUGGAAAUGUAGAAUGAACUUUGUUUGUAAUCCUUAAAUUAAAAUGUGGUAAGUAGGAAGCAAGAACUUAUCCUGUGUUUUUACGCAGCCAUACACUAAUUUUAAUCAAAUUCUUUCCGUGGCUAGGAUUGGUAUAGGAAUCAACCUAUGUGAUUUGCUUUAGGAGAAAUUAAAAAGUAUAUUCUUAAGGUAUAUUAUACUUUGAUGCUAAUUCUGUUCUGGGAAGCAUCUUGUCCUGUCACUGUUUUUGUACUAAAUCUUCAAAUAUUGUCUACUGUGUAAGGCAGAAAAAUUUCUUAUCAUGCAAAAACCAUUUUGUUUCCAGGGUAACAAGUAUCUAAGUGCAUGCACAACUUGUUCUCCCUUGUAACAUUCAUGAUCUCAUUCACGACUCUGAUUUUAAGACAAAAAGUCUUUUCAACAAGCUAUAUAGGGACAUACCAGAUGUUGCAGUGAUUUUAGCUAUCAACAAACUGUUAACCAUGUACAAUAUUUAAAAUAGGCCUAUUUUGAUGUAUUGCCUAUUAUACAAAUACACAAACCACUUUUUGGAGGCCUCAGUUACGAGUGGCAGAGCUUUCUGUGUAUAAUUUGUCUAAAUAAUUUGUCUAAUAAAAAUGUUUUCUAAACUUGCUCUCAUACCAUUGAAGUCUUAACUAUACAAUUUGAAAAUGCUUACUCUCUCACAGAUAGAACUGACUUUUUCUAAAAAUUUAUCUUGAAUUAAUUAAAGCAUAAAACACAUUAAGUUUUACUAGCAGAACGAUGCCAUGAUGAGCGGCUCUCUAAAAACAGUAGCAAGUGAUGUUCUAAACCGAUGAAAAACUGCCUUUCUGCUAUUUGAGACAGUUUGAACCAACGAUACGUCUGUUUUCCUUUUUUGGGAAAGAUUUAUCCUGUUUCAUGUAAACAAUGCAGCCAUUAUAAUAAUAGCAGGAUGAGCGUUUGUUACAUUUUACAAAAAGAAAAUUAAGGGUAAUUAUUAAACUUAGAAUUGUGUAUUAAUAAUUGCUUUGCUGUUGGCAAAAUAUUCAUCAUGCUGAAUCUAUUAAUUUGGAAAUUAACUGACUCCAAGAUUAUUUCUAAUAGAGUGUUAUUUUCUGCAUUUGAACAAUAUUUAAUUCUUCUAGCAUUUAACUCACUCAGUGAAUAUAUAUCUGAAAAUAUAUUCAAUUUAGAUUAAAUUUCUGCUUUUCUAUAAUUCCAUUAAAAUGAUUUUUAAAUGUUGGAUAGGAGGAAGUGUAGAGAUCUAGACUAUCAUCUCCCUCAUUUUACAAAUAAGAGAACAUAAGAUGCUAAGAAGCUGUGACUCGUGCAAAUGUUUGACAAUCUGAGACUUAACACUGAGUCUUUUUUUUAAAACUCUACCAUGCUUCAGUCACAUCCACGCAGGUCCUAAUGGGUUGUGAAUUCACUGCAGAGAUGGCUCAAGUACAAUGCCUCCACCCACUCCUCUCUCGCCAAGUUUAGGCUGCAAAUCUCUAGAACCGUCCUUCCUCAUGGGGGACCAGUUAGAGCAUCUGAUUCAACUGCUCCUUUUACAGAUGGGAAAGUGAACACCUCAAGCUACGUCAGGUCACAGCUAGUGGCAGAAUUCAGGCCGUCCUGCUUCUGCCUGGCGCUCCUUCCUUUAGCCCAUUGUUUGCCCUAGUUCUCACCACUUACACCAGCCUUGCUAUUUCAGAACAAGACAAACCCCUUAUGUCCACGAACGUUUAUUCCAGUCAGAGGUCGAACUUAUUCCCCUGGUGAAUCGUUAAGAGAACUGGUUUUCACGUUCAGCCACAUCAGAACUUAUGCACAGCUUUGGUUUCAUCAUACAUUAGAAAACUGUAAGAGCGUCUUUCUUCCUCAUACACAGCAAGCUACAGGCAAUUUGUUGUUUCCUCAAUUAUGUUAUUUUUCAUCUCUCUCAGUUUGGGACUGGUUGUCAACUGAAUAAAUACUUUAAAAAACAGACUU